CACGACACAUAUUGCAACACACAGUAUUUUUUUUUAAAUCUGAUUGGCCAUGGAAGAGGAAGACCACGCCACCUUUGCUGUAGGAAACCCUAGCCACCGUUUUGAUCGUCCUCUAAUCAGACGAUCAAGUGAUUCAAUCAGCAAUCUACCCGACGAAAUUCUUCACCAUAUCCUCUCCUUUAUUCCCGAGACCAAUUUAGUGAUCAGAACCUCGGUCUUGUCGAAACGAUGGAGACAUGUAUGGUCCAAGACACCUCAUCUCUCCUUUGAAUGGCUUAUGGUUUCCCCUAAAUUGAUAAACAAAACCCUAGCCAGCUACACGGCUUCCAAAAUCACGAGUUUCCAUCUCUGUACCAGUUACAGCUACGAGGCUGGCCAUGUUCAUAGCUCGAUCGAGUUUGCAAUGUCUCACAACGUGGAUAAUCUUUCUCUGGCGUUCAGUAGUUUUCCACCGUGUAACAAGUUUCCUGAUUUCUUCUACACCAGCUCUUCUCUAAAGCGAGUCGAGUUGAGAUCUGCUAGUUUGACUCCCAGUUGCAUUGUGUCUUGGACCUCACUAAGGGACUUGUCUUUGACCCGGUGUAAUCUCUCGGAUAAAUCCUUUCUUAAGAUUCUGUCUGGUUGUCCAAUCCUCGAAAGCUUGAGUUUGAAGUUUUGUGAGUCACUCAAGUAUCUUGAUCUGAGUAAAUCACUGCGCUUGACAAGAUUGGAGAUAGAACGCAGAUCCUGUUUUCGAGAACCAAUGCAGUCUAUGCAGAUCGUGGCGCCACAUAUUCAUUAUUUGAGAUUGAGAGACUCUGAGGCACACUGCACUUUCCUGGUAUAGCAAGGCUACUGCAAAACUCACCUGGAUUAAAGAAGUUAACAGUUUACACAAUUGAAAUGUGCAGCACGUUACUGUGGGAUUGUGUCAACAGCUACUUGAAGAAACAACGUUGGAGAUUGAAAGAUGAGAUCUUUCCAACCUCGCAGGAGUAUGAAGUUGUAAAGCCGAAAGUCAUGGCUUCGUUCAUGGAACUUUUGCUGGCAAACACAAAUACGUUAGAGACUUUGGUUGUACAGUUGGGAAGUUGCAUUGCUAGAUCAAGAUUUAAAGAGCUGUUUCAGAUCGCACUCACGCUUUCUCACGACAAAAAGGUCUCAAUUAUGCUCACGCAAACACUUUAG